GUAAAUGCCUAUCUAACCCUCUGUUGUGACUGAAGAGAAUCCAAGCUCAAUGCUUUAGCACAUUUCCGUAUAUCUUGUUGACAUUGAAUUGUUGUUGCUAUCCGCCGUAUUGCUGGUUGUUUCAAUCAUGAUCCAUAGGGCGGAUAUCAAUUUAUCAAAUUUGUAAGACAACGAGAUAGCAAGAUGCGCCUUAUCAAUGUACAGACCUUUCAGCUGGAGGAGUUUUUCAACGAGCAAGUGCCUCCUUACGCCAUACUUUCACAUACGUGGGGAAAUGAUGAUGACGAGGUAUCAUUUCGCGAUAUUACCGAGGGAAAUACUGGGGAUGCCAGUUGUUGGCCGAUUAAAUUCAAGGGAUGUUGCGAACGUGCAGAGAAGGAUGGUUUUACACAUGCAUGGAUAGACACCUGUUGUAUUGACAAGACUAACUCAGUGGAACUUGGUGAAGCCAUCAAUUCUAUGUUUCGAUGGUAUAGCAAGGCAUCUGUUUGCUAUGUCUAUCUUUCUGAUGUUACUGCCGAAGAUCGCAAGAUGCUAUCCUCUCAAAUCUCCUCCAGCCGCUGGUUGCAACGGGGUUGGACAUUACAAGAACUUCUGGCACCAAGUCGUCUCCAUUUCUUCAAUUCAAAGUGGCUGGAUAUCGGAAGUAAGGCCCAAUGGGCAGGUCUGAUUGAGACGAUCACAGGCAUAUCGCGCCCAUUCCUUCUAGGCAGAAGACCGUUGUCAGAAGCAAGUAUUGCACAGCGCAUGUCUUGGGCUUCCAAAAGAACAACAAAGCGGAAGGAAGACAUUGCUUAUUCUCUUCUUGGGGUUUUCAAUAUCAUGAUGCCGAUGAUAUACGGCGAGGGUGACCGCGCAUUCAUACGCCUACAAAGGGAAAUUAUAAAAGAAACACGAGAUGAUUCUAUCUUUGCAUGGGGCUUGAAGUCCGCAUCAUCUUUCUCCGCUAACCACGAAGAUAUAAUAUCUGCCGGAAUAUUUGCAUCUUCGCCAGCCGAUUUUAUCAACACCGGUCAUAUUCUGUCAGUGAAGAGUGAGAACAGAUACCCGACUGCAUUCGGUUUCGACCGCGGAUAUAUCCGAGGAACCUUCCCGCUUUAUACGAGCCCAGACGGUCAGCUCUUUGGAAAGCUAAGUUGCGGGCCUAGCACGAAAGGUGUUGAGGGGCAGAUAGUGGGGAUCCCACUUAGUAGUGAGUCGCCCGGUGAAUACUACAUUCGACCCGAAGGGCGUUACGCAGAACUGCUCCCAGAUAUUGAAGGUGUAAGCUUCACUCCAAUAAUCUAUAUCAAGGCUGAGCGACACGAGAAAAAAGCUACAAUGGGUACCAAUAGAAGCCGUUUUUUUAUUGAAGAGCCUAUAAAUGUAGGCUUGCAAUUGGUUGAAGUGGAACCACAAGACUGCUGGUGGAAAGACGAUUCCCAAAUCGUACUAGAAAACGCCACUGCUGAUAACACCAUACAACGAGCUUGGGCUCGAUUUCGCCAAGAGGCAGAGGGAGCUAAUGACUUCCUUGUGCUAUUUGAAUCGAGAAUACAGGGAUCUCAGCUAAAGACACGAAGUCACAUUAUGACUUCUUCCCAAACGACUGCUCUGAAGAAGUUGACUGAGCACCGUAGCCGUAUCCGGAAAGCAGCAUUUGGCAAGAAGGUUGCUACUGACGGCGUGCUCAGUAUCCAUAUGACAGUGGAGCAAGAUACAGUUGAACAAGGGAUGUUUGUUGUCAAGUUAGCUAAAGCAACGGCCUUACCCACUGUCACUGUGAAUGCGACGUUCGAGUUAGAACUACAGGCGGCAGUGUCUGGGUUGCAAAGCGCAGGGAAAAGACAAGAUGAAAUUCUUCUUGAGAUCGACCGUUUCAACCAGCAAAGAGGAACAACACUAACCUGGGAUUCUGUUAGGAGUCGUCUAGAUGCUAUAAAUGAGGAGAAAUGUGUAUUAGAGAGGAUUGAAAAGUCAAAGACUGAAUGGAUAAAAGAUGGAUUCCCAUUUUUGAAGCAGGCGAAUAGUCUUGCUGAAACAGCUCUAGUAAAUGGUUAUGUGCCAGUGCUGGAGAAAAAGGCGGGAACAGGACAUUCUGGUGAAGUGACAGCAGAACGAUUAUAUGUGAUGCUUUACUGACCAGAAUCUAGAGGACCAUCAGGAACAAGAAGUUCCAGCUUUGGCCACUCCCCAGAAAGGAUUGGUUGACUCACUAAUAGCAGCUGGAAAAUGGUUUUGGUGAAUGGGUUUACGGCCCAUAUGACUUUUCUUAUACUCUGCGAUCGUUUCAGGUCGCAAAGAGUUUCAUCUGCGAGGGGAUAAAGCGUAUCUCAUUGUGGGCGGCCUGAAAGGACUUUGUGAAAGCUUAGCUGUCUAGCUCGCCCGCGGCUUAAAUCGCCCGAUUUCCCUCAUCCCUACGCCUGAUCCUCCGCUCGAAGAGAUGAGGUAAAAUCGCCUAUAUCGUUAUAUUUUUAUUAUUGUAGGGAACGCGUCAAUGCGUCAACAUAUUUUCUAGCUGGAAUCCUAGCUAGCAAGACAUAUAUAGGAGGCUUGGCUAGCUUCCUGGAAUACUGCCAAUAUAAUCCACAGCCCCGGGAUAGGAC